CAGCCCAUUCAUUCUGCAUGAAUGCGGAGCGAGGAGAGGACAGGAGCACUGGGAGCACUGGGAGCACUGGGAGCACUGGGAGCACUGGGAGCACUGGGAGCACUGGGAGCACUGGGAGCACUGGGACUGGGUGGACGGACCGGACCGGACCCGGCAGGCGGACAUGGAUGGACAGAACGGCAGCAACGGCAUCAGCUGCCGGACGCACGGCCCCGUGACGGACCGCAAGAAGAAGGAGAAGGAGAAGAAGGAGGAGAAGAAGGAGGAGAAGAAGAAGGAGAAGAAGGAGGAGAAGAAGGAGGAGGACAUCCCCGACAGGGUGACGCUGAAGAAGGAGAUCGGGCUGCUGAGCGCGUGCACCAUCAUCAUAGGGAACAUCAUCGGCUCCGGGAUCUUCAUCUCUCCGAAGGGGGUCCUGGAGCACUCGGGUUCGGUGGGCCUGGCCUUGGUGGUUUGGGUACUGGGGGGCUGCAUCGCGGCCUUGGGCUCCCUCUGCUACGCCGAACUGGGAGUCACCAUCCCCAAGUCUGGGGGAGACUACUCCUACGUCACCGAGAUAUUCGGUGGUCUGAUGGGGUUCCUCCUGCUGUGGAGCGCCGUCCUCAUCAUGUACCCGACCACGCUGGCCGUCAUCGCCCUCACGUUCUCCAGCUACAUCCUGCAGCCCGUGUUCCCCGACUGCGUUCCUCCUUACGUGGCCACGCGGAUGCUGUCCGCCACGUGUCUGCUGCUGCUGACCUGGGUGAACUGCUCCAGCGUCCGCAUGGCCACCAGGAUCCAGGACGUCUUCACGGUGGGGAAGCUGAUGGCUCUGGGCCUCAUCAUCGUUGUCGGCCUGGUCCAGAUCUGCAACGGGAACUACGAGGCGCUGACCCCCCAGGUGGCCUUCGCCAUGGACCGCACGCCGUCGGUGGGUCAGAUCGCUCUGGCCUUCCUGCAGGCGUCCUUCGCCUUCAGCGGCUGGAACUUCCUCAACUACGUCACGGAGGAAGUGGUUGAACCCAGACGGAAUCUACCUCGUGCCAUCUACAUCUCCAUCCCAUUGGUGACCUUUGUGUACACGCUCACCAACAUCGCCUACUUCUCCUCCAUGUCGCCCGAGGAGCUGCUGUCCUCCAACGCCGUGGCUGUAACGUUCGGAGAGAAGCUGCUGGGGAUGUUCUCCGUCAUCAUGCCCAUCUCCGUGGCUCUGUCCACCUUCGGGGGGAUCAACGGCUACCUGUUCACCUCGUCCAGGUUGUGUUUCUCUGGAGCCCGAGAGGGUCACCUGCCCAGCCUGCUGGCCAUGAUCCAUUACAAGAAGUGCACGCCCAUCCCGGCCCUGCUGGUCUGCUGCGCCGCCACCAUUGUGAUCCUUUGUAUCGGAGAGACUCACAACCUGAUCAACUACGUGUCCUUCAUCAACUACCUGUCGUACGGCGUCACCAUCGCCGGCCUGCUGUACCACCGCUGGAAGAAGCCCGACCUGUUCCGGCCCAUCAAGGUGAACCUGCUGGUUCCUGUUUGCUACCUGAUGUUCUGGGCGCUGCUGCUGGGGUUCAGUCUUUACUCAGAGCCGCUGGUUUGUGGCGUCGGGUUAGUCAUCAUGCUCACCGGCGUACCCGUCUACUUCCUGGGCGUCCAUUGGAAAGAAAAACCAAAGUGCAUCUACAACUUCAUUGAGAGGGCGACGUACGUGGGCCAGAGGUUGUGCUUCGUGGUCUUUCCUCAGAUCGACCCCAUCGAGAUCGACGAUCCUUCAGAAUGGACUGACCGGUCAUGAGGAAGGAGCAGCUUGUCUCUGAAUACAUGAAGAUCCUUUUUGUUUUUAUUCCUGUGUGAGCUCAGACACUUCUUCCUGGUUUGGGAGCUUCCUGACUGACCUUUGACCCCUCUGAGACUCUGGUUCCCCCUGGAAACGCCUAUUACGUUCUCCUCUUUUCUACUAAAUCGUCAAGUUACAACAACCUAAUGCCAACGGGGUCGCACUGUUGAAAAUGACUGUUCCUCCAUUUUGGAUCCCAUUUGUUCCCUUUUUUCUGUAGCGUGAGAGAACUCCUCCUUCUGAAUGUUGCUGCCUUCAGGCCUUUUCACACCAGGUCCCAAACCAAUCUGUGACCAGCAUCCUGACAGAUGAAGACACUUAAUUGUUUCAGAAACCAGAAGUACAACUCUUUCUGCAUGUAGUGUCACGUUGUUCCCACUAAUAUGCACUUUGUUUUGAUGUUUCUACCAAUGGUGCUUCCUGUUCUACUAGAAGAGGCUAAGUCAGCGGUUUACAUGGAUAAUGCCGUCCAAGCAGAGCAAAGGGAAAACCAGAACUUUGGGUUCUAGAAAUAAGGAAACUUCUUUUUAUCACAUUGGCAGACAUUGAAUUGGUUUCCAUGGAUUUAAGUGCAGACGUUCAUGUUCCCCUGAUGAUGAACCCUAAUGACUUUGGUGAGCCUCAGAGAUUUACAUUUGUGGUUUGGAAUGAAAUUUCUCAACAACUAUUGGAUGGAUUGUGAUGAAAAGAUCGUUCAUGUUCCCCUCAGGACGAAUUGUAAUAACUUUAAUAAGCCUCAGAUUUUGUUAUCUAGCGCCACCAUCAGGUCAACGUGUUAAUGUGUCCGAUAUUUUGGUUCAUGAGCAAAUACCUGCAGAACCGGCAUGACUGUAGACUCUUAUUUCAUUAUAUUUCUUUAUACUUCCUCAUACGAUCACCGUUUCCCAGCAGAGGAGCUAACCAAUCCAAUCGUUACUUUUUUAUGUACUAAUUCAUCUCAGAAUAUGGACAUAAACAGAACACGUUUCACUUUUUCAGAAGCAGCAGUAGAAGUUACUCUCAGGGAGUGAUUGCCUUGAACAUCGUCCAUACAUGAUAACAUGUGAUACGUUAGACUUCAGCCCUCUGGUCAGAUGGAGGUUCUCCUCUAGAGCAGGUUUACUGAGUCAUCUGGAUACAUCCAUCUGGAUCCAUCUGGAUCCAUUUGGAUACAUCUGGAUACAUUUAUCUGGAUCCAUCUGGAUCCAUUUGGAUACAUCUAGAUACAUCUGGAUACAUCUAGAUACAUCUGGAUACAUCUGGAUACAUCUGGAACACGUGC